UGUCAUGAAGUGCUCCCGUAAUGGAGUUUUACAUUUUUCUGUUUUCCAUUGACGCUUAGUUCAAAAUCGUAAUGGGUAAUCGUGGUAUAAAUAAAACCUGGAGGGUUACCUAAAAUUCAUUCAGUACGCGUGAAAGUGCUGUGCAGUUGUGACUUGAUUCAAAUUGAAACCAAAAGUGGAAGUGCCAAAAAGAUGUUUGCAAUUAUUCUUCUACUGUGCUUUUCCCCUGUUUUUGGAACCUUUUUACAUGGGCAAGGGUCUGCGGUAGGCGUACCAAUAUCAGUUCCAGUUCCAGUCAGCUUGCCUGUCGCUGUGCCAGGACCUGUGGUACAAGCUCCUGUCGCUGUACCAGCAGUAUAUAGUGCACCACUGCAACCUUACCCACAUACUGCGCCAUUGGCCUAUGGUGCGCCACAGCCAUCUUUGUUUAAGUAUCCAAAUCCUGCCAUCAAAUAUUCAUUGGGAGUACCCGUGACAACCACCACCACAACAUAUUCCGGAUUCACACACAAUUCUCCACAAUUUCUUUCCAAAGUUGUACCUACUGCAUAUCAUUUGACGGCUUCGCCUUCACCUUCAUUCCGCCUUCAUGCUUCACCUCUACCUCUACCAACAGCAUUUUAUGCAGCUCCGCCGCAACUUGCCUAUGCCAGCCCGUCCGCCUGGUAAUCACACACUUACAUACUUAUUAAAAUAAAACAAAUAUACAUAUUUAUCUAU